AUGGCGCCCAAGCGCCAGCUCCCUAUGCAUCGGAAGGAUGACCACCGGGAAAUCGCUGAGACCCCAGCACCCGAGGCGUCAUCUUCGUCGCCCACAUCGCCCCCUGCCCAAAGGGCCAAGCUGGAGGAGCAGCGCCCGAACUCGCUGAAAAAUUACCCCGGCAAUAUGCGUUGGGUCAAUGAGGAGACCAAUGAAAACAUCGCAGGGAUCGCGUCGAUUGCGUACGUCGCAGUCUACAUGCUGGAGCACCUGUCCGCCGGCAACGCCCGCCCAGUCGACGUUGGAGAGACAAAGUCGUUCCUCAAGCAUGUCGGCGGAGCCGAAAUGGUGAAGAAGUUCAGCGAGAAAGUCUACAACACGGUUGGCGGCUUUGAGACCAAGGCUGCGCCCGAGGAGUCUGUCUUCAAGGGCUUCGAUGUCAACAAGGCUUGGAAGGCCAAUCCGAACGACAAUGACGACAACGGCGACGACGCGGCUGGAGAGUCCGCCCCCGUUGGAGGACGCGAGGCCAGCAUCGAGCUGGGCACCACGCCGACGCCCAUGGACAUGACUACCACCACCGCUGCUGCCACCACCACUGCCGGACGUGAGCGCGAGGGCAGCGCAGAGCUGGGUGCCGCUGCCGAGGAGACCACGGCCGCUGCUACACCCGUGGUCAUCGAAUCUAAUCUGGAGACGUCGGACGAACCAGCCGAUUCCAGCCCGUUGGCCCGGAAGAUGGCCAGGGCUGCUCCCGAGAAGACCAUCACCAGCAAGUAUUUCGGGGGCGGUGCUGGCGCCGGAGGAGCCAGCGGAAAGGCCUGA